UAGCGAGCUGAGAGGUUGCAGGCGAGCUGUGCGAGCCCAGGAGCCCAGGCGCCCGCGUCCUAGCGCGGCCGAGCCCGGAGCGGCCCGCGCAGCCCCGGCUGCAGGCUCUGCGGAGGGAGCCUUAAGGAGAGGACCCGCUGCAGAGAGCCAUCGGGCUGCAAAGCUGCUGUCCACGUGGACCGGGGCUGACAUCACACGUCCACCCACCAGGACCCCUGCUGCCAAGUUUGUAUUUCGAGACAUGGCGACUGACAACAGCAAGGUGGCCGAUGGGCAGAUCUCUACUGAGGUCAGCGAGGCCCCUGUGGCCAGCGACAAGCCCAAAACCUUGGUGGUCAAGGUGCAGAAGAAGGCCGGGGACCUCCCUGACCGGGACACAUGGAAGGGUCGCUUCGACUUCCUCAUGUCCUGCGUGGGCUACGCCAUAGGGCUGGGCAACGUGUGGCGGUUCCCUUACCUCUGUGGGAAAAAUGGUGGUGGGGCCUUCCUGAUCCCAUAUUUCCUGACACUCAUCUUUGCGGGUGUUCCUCUCUUCCUUCUGGAGUGUUCUCUAGGCCAGUACACCUCCAUUGGGGGCCUAGGCGUGUGGAAGCUGGCUCCCAUGUUCAAGGGCGUGGGUCUUGCUGCGGCUGUGCUGUCCUUCUGGCUGAACAUCUACUACAUUGUCAUCAUCUCCUGGGCCAUCUAUUACCUGUACAACUCCUUCACCACAACCCUGCCAUGGAAACAGUGUGACAACCCCUGGAACACUGACCGCUGCUUCUCCAACUAUAGCCUGGUCAAUACCACCAACAUGACUAGCGCUGUGGUGGAGUUCUGGGAGCGCAACAUGCACCAGAUGACGGAUGGGCUGGACAAGCCAGGACAGAUCCGCUGGCCACUAGCCAUCACGCUGGCCAUUGCCUGGGUGCUUGUGUAUUUCUGCAUCUGGAAGGGUGUUGGUUGGACUGGAAAGGUGGUCUACUUCUCUGCCACGUACCCCUACAUCAUGCUUAUCAUCCUGUUCUUCCGUGGAGUGACGCUGCCUGGGGCCAAGGAGGGGAUCCUCUUUUACAUCACGCCCAAUUUCCGCAAGUUAUCGGAUUCGGAGGUGUGGCUCGACGCAGCCACCCAGAUCUUCUUCUCCUACGGGCUGGGCCUGGGGUCCCUGAUCGCUCUUGGAAGCUACAACUCUUUCCACAACAAUGUGUACAGGGACUCCAUCAUUGUUUGCUGCAUCAACUCCUGCACCAGCAUGUUCGCCGGCUUCGUCAUCUUCUCCAUCGUGGGCUUCAUGGCUCACGUCACCAAGAGAUCCAUCGCUGAUGUUGCAGCCUCAGGCCCUGGACUGGCAUUUUUGGCAUACCCCGAGGCUGUGACACAGCUGCCCAUCUCUCCCCUCUGGGCUAUCCUCUUUUUCUCCAUGCUGCUGAUGCUGGGUAUUGACAGCCAGUUCUGUACCGUGGAGGGCUUCAUCACUGCCCUGGUGGACGAGUACCCCAGGCUCCUCCGCAAUCGCCGUGAACUCUUCAUUGCUGCUGUGUGUGUCGUGUCCUACCUGAUUGGCCUCUCUAACAUCACCCAGGGGGGCAUUUAUGUCUUCAAACUUUUUGAUUAUUACUCUGCCAGUGGCAUGAGCCUGCUGUUCCUGGUUUUCUUUGAGUGUGUCUCCAUUUCCUGGUUUUAUGGUGUCAACAGAUUCUAUGACAACAUCCAGGAGAUGGUGGGUUCCAGACCCUGCAUCUGGUGGAAGCUGUGCUGGUCCUUUUUCACACCCAUCAUUGUGGCGGGCGUGUUUCUCUUCAGCGCUGUCCAGAUGACACCGCUUACCAUGGGGAGCUAUGUGUUCCCCAAGUGGGGCCAGGGUGUGGGCUGGCUCAUGGCCCUGUCCUCCAUGGUGCUCAUCCCCGGGUACAUGGCCUACAUGUUCCUCACCCUAAAGGGCUCUCUAAAGCAGCGCCUCCAGGUCAUGAUCCAGCCCAGUGAAGAUAUCGUGCGCCCCGAGAAUGGUCCUGAGCAGCCGCAGGCUGGCAGCUCAGCCAGCAAGGAAGCCUACAUCUAGGGGUGCAGCUCCCUCAUCACCCCAACACUGGCACCCUGGCCUGGCAGUACCCACACCCCUUGAAGACUGAAGAUGCUCUCUGUCUCCACCUACCUCAAGGGGCGGGUCCAAACAUCAUCACCAUGCAGAGAGGGGAGAUGGGGGACCGUGUGCUCUGGGUGGACCCUGCAUGGCCAUCCACCCCUGGGGGCUUUCCCAGAGGCCUGGUGACUUUUCCCUCAGGCCCCACAACAGGAGCGGGUGGCUUUGUAACUGCCACAGUAGCUCAUGUUUAUGCUACCAGAGAGGGUGACAGCUGAGGCCACACACUCCUGGCUUGUAGUCAUAUUCAGACUGUUGUCCUAUGCCCCAACCAUAGACUGUUAUCCAGACAUUCCUGUCCACGUUGGCUCUGAACUGGUCAUUUUGUUCGUGCCCCCUGGGAGCCGGUCUCUUUCCUUCUCACUUUCUCCUUCCCGAGGCAGCUUCCCAGAUCCACCCCUAGACAGACACCUCGGAGCAAAGCGGAGAGGGUCCUCUGUCCCUGUGACCCUGUGACCCGGGCAGCUCAGUGUCUCUUGUCCCACCUCCCCAGGUGACAUUAACAGCAGCCGCCUAUCCAGAAGGGCCCUGUGUGCUGAGGAGAAUUUAAAAAAAAAAAGCCACAAGCACAAUUGGCUUUUUUUUUUUUUUGGUCACCAUUCCAGGACUUUCCCCAAGUGGGAGCUGUGGUCCUUCUGAGCUGCCCAGUUUUGCACAAACAAUGGCCAAGGAAACCAAGGUGAAGGUUCUGUUUAAAUCAGGACGAAUCCAGCUGGCCCUGGUUUCCCUCUUAGAUUGUCACUGCCACUCAGUUCUGCCGUCCCUCCUCACCUUUCUGAAAACUCCUCAGAUGCUGAUGACCGUUAAUGGAGGAGGGUUUAUCCAGAGACUGCCCACCCUACCCCGACACUGAGCUUCCCUUGUUAACGUCACACGUCCCUUCUGGCCUUGGGCUCUGUGUAGGUGAAGCCAGUGGAGACAAUUUCUGGAAAGCUCCAGCAGCUCAGCCUCUCUCCUCUGCAGAGAGGAUGGGCUCCCAUGUAGCAACUCGUAUGUCGUGUCCCGUAGCGCCUUAGCUCAAUAGCUCACAAACUGUGUUUAUGACUAAUCCUUAAUAACUAUGGUGAAUAACUGUGACCGUGGGUUUUCCUUUGAAUCUCUUGUCAUUCUCAUCCAAAAGUGACCAGCACAUCAGUUUCUUGCAAUAAGCUAUCUCCCUCAGAACAUUAAGCACACUGUAGAGAAUGCAAACACGUAUGCACAUAGAAAAGCACACACAUGCACACCCCUCCUCACAUGUGGCAUUUAGCGUCCCGUGUGAUACUGUGUAGGCAAUCGACCAGUUCUUCUCGAGGACGCCUGUAAAGGGGUCGCGUGGUUAAGGAGUCUGCCUGCCCGGUGGAGACUCUGCUUGCACAGGUGUCUGUCCUCAGAGUCCAGGGUGUGGCAUGCAAGGACCCUCCACUGUGUCUCGUGGCCCCAUCCUUCCUCCCUCCUGUGUAUGAAGCCCUUUAGGAUGAGGGCAGGAAAUUUCCUUCUUGCUGCUUGUUGUUCUUAGAUGUGAAACUGAGAACGAGUCUUUCUGAGAUAAAUGCAGUAUAUUUCAUGUGUGUAAGCACCUCUGAGAUGUUUGGCAAGAAAUCCCCCGAUUUCCACCCAAACUUACCUUAUAGAGCACAACAUUAAAGGUCGUACAAUUACUGUGAGAACUGUGACUAUGUGUAACUUUUCUUUUUUAGUUUUUGCCCAGAGGGAAAAAAAGAUAAUUGUAUUAUCAUAUAUGCUUUUUUUUUGCAAUAAGGAUUUAUUCUCAGACACCAAGUAAAUUUAUCUCUAUAUAAAAAGUAUAUGUAAUAUAUGACUAUUCAGACUAUAUACAGAGCCUGUUUUAAAAAAAUUUACAGUAUUAUUUAGUAAAAUUAUCUGUUCUAUGGACCAAAUGUAAAAUAUUUAUACAUGAAGAUGUGUUUUAAAUGUCUAUAAAUGAUAUCACAACUAGAGCACGGGCGUUGUGUAAGUUUCUAAGACUUUAGAAGAAAAAUAAUAAAGGUUCUAUGAUAUUCAC